AUGUCAAUUGAAGAGCACCAUGUGUCCGCUGUCGAAUUCAUUAAAACACAUAUAAGAGCAUGGCGCUUUGCGACUUUAGAAAAUACCUCAAUAACUCUAUUGACUGGUAAUUCUAAUCGUGUAUAUCUUGUUCAGACAACCCUUAAUAUUUCUCCGUCAAAACUAAUAUACCGUGUAUUUGGUCCUGAUUAUAUCACAAAUAAAUCAAGAGAGAGACGAAUUUAUAGUAAACUUUCAUCACUAGGCUAUGCCCCGAAAAAUUACGGGGAAAGCACCCGUGAGCGCAUAGAGCAUUUCCUUGAUGGCUUUGGGCAUUUGUCGAGAAAUAUGUUGCAUGACCCUGUAAUCAUUGACCAAGUGGCAAAAAGACUGAGAGUUAUACACUCAAUUGACAUGAAUGAAGUACUUGGAGGGGAAACUAUUAUGACUGAUGAAAAUGGGGAUUGAUGAAUUAUUAUACUUUUUAGUGAUAGGAUUAUAUAGAAAUAUACUUAAUUACUGAAGGACUUAUUUAGUGAAUAGACAAUUAUAAAUUUUUUUUUAAUUAAAAAUAACUAAAAAUAUUUUUUUUUAAUGAAAAUCCUAGAAGGUGGAGAGAGUUUAAUAACAACAGAAUCGAAACAAAUCCAAACUUGAUUCACAAACCUGAAGCGAGAGGUGAAAUUUUAGAACUGCUAACCUGUCAGCAAUGGGAAGCUUACCAAAAUAUUUUACCUCGAAAUUCACCAGUAGUUUAUUCACAUCUUGAUCCUUCACCAAUAAACUUCCUCUACAAUUCACAGAUUAAUCAAGUUUAUUUUGUGGAUUUCGAGUUUUCUGGACUUAGUUAUAGAAGCAUGGACUUUGGCUUACUAUUCUCUUAAUUAAUAAAUAUCCCCAAUUCUUAAUGUCCUUUAAAUCAUUUUUUUAUUUAUUUUCAAAUAAUUAUUGCUUUAUAUUUUGUAGAAAUUUUUAUUUAUAGGAAUAUUAAAUGAAAUUACUUAUGACUUUUUAUAUGAUAAAUUCCCAUAUUGGAAAUACUGCGAAGAAUUAAAAGCUACUGAUGAAAUUGUGGAACGCUAUGUCAGAGCUUAUGGAGAAGGCGCUGAAAUGUGGGUAGAAGUAAAGCAAAGCUUAAUAGCCAGUAACUAUAUAUGGGCUAUGUGGAGUUUGGCUUCUUAUAAAGGCCCAAGUGAAGGCUAUGACUUUUUGGAAUAUGCAUUGACUAGGUACAGAAGGUUUAAAAAUGAGUAUCAGCAAUAUUUAGAAAAUGGAGGACUUGAAGGACUUGUACGAAGGUCAAGAGAAAUUUUCACAGUAGAAAAUGAAAACAAUUAA